AACAAAAUACCUACAAAGCAGGCACAAACUCCAACAAUUCUAAAGCAAAUCGCUAUUCUUUCCCUCCUCCAAACUUUUAAUCCGCCAUGGCCAACAAGACUCUUCCAAUCCUCAUCUUUGUCUUGUUAACUUUAUCAACAUUUUUCUUCUUUUCCACAUCUGCAAACGACCAAAGCUUUUCAAGAACCUUAUGCCCACAAAAACUGGGUCUGAAGAAGCAGAAGCUGAGCCACCUCCACUUCUACUUCCAAGACAUCGUCAGCGGAAGAAAUCCCACAGCCAUCAGAGUCGCCCAGGCAAAGAUGACAAACACUUCCAAGUCGCUGUUCGGUGCCGUAUUUGUGAUGGACGAUCCAUUGACCAUGGGUCCGGAGCUAAGCUCCAAGCUUGUGGGAAGAGCUCAAGGUAUAUAUGCUUCGGCAUCGCAAUCUGAAGCUGGGUUUUUGAUGGUUCUGAACUACGUUUUCUUGGAAGGGAAAUAUAAUGGAAGCACUCUUAGCAUAUUGGGCCACAAUGCUAUAUUUUCCGGCGUGAGGGAGAUGCCGAUCGUCGGAGGAAGUGGGAUUUUCAGGUUUUCCAGAGGCUAUGCUGAAGCAAGGACUCAUGAAUUUGAUCUCAAAUCUGGGGAUGCCGUUGUGGAGUAUAAUGUUUAUGUUCUCCAUUAUUGAUAUGAAGUUUGCUCUGCUUCCAUGUAGAGUACCCUUUGCUUUUCCACUUUUAUAUUUAUGAUUUUUCUUUUUCUUUUUUUGGGAUUUACAGGCUUGAAGAUAAAACUUUGAAUCUGUAAAUUGCUAAAUUUAUCAUUUGAGGACAAUGUUCUGUGGGAUUAUUAUUACCAUCGUUGGUAUUUUAUAAUGUAUGUUUCUGUCUCUGUUUUAUGCC